AGGUCUGGAGGAAGAAGUAACAGAAACACUAGAGAACUAACUGAGAGAGAGAGGGGUAUGUGAAACGAGGUAGGUACAAGAGACGCUGAAGCGAUUCGCUUGUCGUCAUAGCUUACCCUACGCGCUCAAAUCUUGUGGCUCUCUGCAACUCCAGCUCUCUCGUGGUUCCUGGAAAGAACAGAACAAGGGACAAAAGAGAGAGAAAGGAAUUAGGAUAAUAGAGAGGAAAAAUGGGAGAGGGAGAGAAGAAACCCGAGGAGAAGAAAAUAGAAGACUCUAAUAAAGGUGGAGAAGAGAAGAAAACGGAAGAGAAUAAAGAGAAAAAGGAGGAACCCAAGGCUGAAAAGCCAAGCGAGGAUAAGAAAGAGGACAAGAAAACAGAGGAAUCCAAGGAUGGCAAAGAAACCGACUCCAAGGAAUCCAAGGAACCACCUCCACCACAAGAGAUUGUGCUUAGAGUCUACAUGCAUUGCGAGGGAUGUGCGAGGAAGGUCAGGAGAUGCUUGAGAGGAUUUGAAGGAGUUGAAGAUGUUCAGACCGAUUGUAAGAAUCAUAAGGUGGUUGUGAAGGGGGAAAAGGCCGAUCCAUUGAAAGUUUUAGAUAGAGUUCAACGGAAGAGUCAUAGGCAGGUUGAGCUUCUCUCCCCGAUACCGAAACCUCCGGCAGAAGAUCCAAAAAAGGAUGAUAAGAAAGAAGAAGUUAAACCAGAGGAGAAGAAAGAAGAGCCUCAGGUGAUUAUAGUGGUGUUAAAGGUUCACAUGCACUGCGAAGCCUGCGCGCAGGAAAUCAGGAAACGUAUACAGAGGAUGAAAGGAGUCGAAGCUGCGGAUCCAGAUCUGAAGAACUCACUGGUAACAGUGAAGGGCGUCUUCGAUCCACCAAAGCUCGUUGAGUAUGUGUAUAAGAGAACAGGGAAGCACGCAAAGAUCGUGAAGCAAGAGCCAGAGAAGAAAGAGGAAGAGAAAGGGAAGGAGGAGAAGAAAGAAGAAAAGAAGGGCGAAGGCGAAGAGAAAGAUAAGGGAGGAGACGGUGGCGAAAAGAAGGAAGAAGGAGAAUCCAAGGCAGAAGCAGAGGCAGCAGGGGAAGAGGAAAAGAAAGUGGAAUUGAUAAAGAAUGAGUUCCUGUACUACUACCCUCAGUAUCCCGCCAAAUACGCCAUGGAAUACGUGUACCCACCUCAGAUCUUCAGUGACGAAAACCCCAACGCCUGUUCCGUUAUGUAACAAAAUCGAGCCAUUACAAGGAAAAUGUGAAAUUAUAUAUGGGGAAAAUUCCGUAUUUUCCUUUCUUGUCCUUUCCAUCUUCUUCUUCUUCUUCGUCUUCUCCAAUUCUCAGUAUAAAUCUACGGAGAAAAAACUGUAGAAAAUUUUAUUUUGUACCAUAAUAAAUAAUUAUGUUUCUUCUAACAA